CGCUAAACACCGCACUGCGUCGAUCGAUGCGAAAAAAACGGGCGAUAAGUGCAGUUAUGCUGCGACGACGAGAAUCAUGGUGUUCAGAGUAUUUCAUCCCACUGUGGCGACGGCGUUUACGGGCACUCAGCGACGCCAGAAGCGCAGAACUUGCGCGGGGGGGGGCGGGGUGGGUCCAGAGUCUCCAGAGUCACUCACGCGUUUCUUCUUCUUCGCGCGCGCCAUCGCGCCACGCACCAACGCACCCCGCCGCUCUCGCCGCGCAACCAUCAUGCCAUCAUGUCCCAGCAGUGGUCCGCCAUCGUCGCCCAGACGUCUUCCUCCGCGAGGGCCCUGAAGCGAUCCGCGACCCCUCGUGGUCACGAGACAGUGUGCGACCCUAGCACACGGCCCAUCGGUCCCCAUCGGUCAGUCGGUUCCUCGUCGGUGAACCGCGUCGGAGCGGCGAAUUUUGGUGAAAAUUUUAUAAUGUGUACGCGUUUUUUGUCCGAAAGUAUUGUACACGUACACGUGUACACGUACACAGUGUACAGCUGUACACGUACACGCUGACUUUUACACGCUGACUUUUCUCUCUGAUUUUCUUCAUCAGUACGAAAGUACUUUCGUUCGUGCUUCCAACGUACUUCCGUGAAAUAGGCAGAUAGAGCUAAAAUAUCAAUAUUUAAGUUGUUUUAUCG